UUCAUGUGGACUGUGGCUGUUAUGCUUCCCUUAGUGCUGGAGGUCCAUACUGUCCAGAAGUCCAAGGUUGCGCAUUUCUGCUCUGUAAGUAAUGACCACCGUAGGGCUGACUGCCGUGGACAAUACCUGGAUCAUGUACCCAAGGAGAGUCUACCUGUUUCACUUGAGCAGGUGGAUCUCUCUCACAACAUCCUUGAGAGGAUCCACAACACAGAUUUCUCCCACCUGCCACACUUAAAGUUGCUCAAUCUCGAGUAUAACAACAUCUCUGUCAUCGAGGAUGAUGCCUUUAGGUUUAACAGUCUUCUGGAGGACUUCAAUAUUUUUAACAACUCCUUGACGGUCGUCCCGAACAAGGCACUGAGAAAUCUGACUAGGCUUCAAAACUUGGAGAUGUCAAAUAAUUUUUACAAUGAAGUGGCUCUUGGAGAGGUGUUCUCAACCUUCACUAGCCUCUGGAAACUCUCCGUUGGUGGACCUUUUGUCAAAGAACUAAAGAAGAGCAACCUCAUUGCUUUAAAGAACCUCUCACUCUUCAAGUUUGCCUUUAAAAGUGGUCCAAGUCUUGUGAAGUAUGAGCCAGGUUCUCUAAAGUUUCUAAAGACUAAAGAAAUGUGGUUUGAUGUUGCCAUGGACAACAUACCAAAUGAGCUAAAUGUUAUGCUAAAUGAUUUAGCCAAUAAGUCCUUUGAUCAUCUUCGCUUCCGUAACCUGUUUGAGUUUGUUUACUACACAGGAGACGGUGAUAUUUUUCAAGGUUUGCAGCACAUCAGAGCUCAGCAGAUAGUUUUUUUUCGUGGCAAAUUUAAUGAGAUGUUGCUAAGGAUGGCUUUAAUAAACAUACAGCAAAGUCCCAUUAAGGAACUUGGGCUUUAUAAUAUUGACUUUGCACGCUCUCCUACAUUUGUGGAUAGUGGGGCAGGAUCUAGUGUGACAAAUCUAACCUUAAAUCAUCUUGUGCUAUCGGGUAUAAGCAAUCCAGACAUUUUACGUUUUGACUGGCGCUUCACAUGGUUGAAGAAGAUACGCAGACUGUCCAUUUGGAAUAUCAACUUCAAUUUUGUACCCUGUGAUGCUUGGCUGGAAAUGGGUGGUGUGGAAGGUCUGAAUGUCUCCAGAAACCAACUGAGAGACCAUUACCUCUUCAAUAGAAGAUGUGAUUACACAGGCACCAUGCCAGUUCUUCACACCUUCGAUGUCAGCUUUAACCAACUUACUAGUCUAAAUGACUUUGCAUCAUUUGCUGGAGAGUUUGAGGGGCUCCAGAUUCUAGAUGUCAGCAACAAUCAACUUCAAACUGUUGAUGACAGUGUGUGCAACUGGAAGCAGAAUAUAUCCAAACUGAUUGCACACCACAAUGCUUUAGAAGUUAGCAGUUUGAGGUGUUUGCCCACAACAGUGCAUUUUCUGGAUCUCUCCUUCUGCAAACUGGAUCAGCUUGACGUGCACUAUUUUCAACAAGCAGUCAAUCUAAGAGAACUUCUACUCAGUGGGAACAAAAUCAAGUUCAUUCCUUCCGGCUGGAAAAGUCCCAAUCUGCAGUACUUGUCUCUUGAUGGGAACUCCUUUGGCCUCAUAAGCAUGAACUCUUUCAAGUACAUGCCCAGCUUAGCCACACUAAGAGCAGGAAAUAACCCAUACCACUGCACUUGUGAUCUGUACACUUUCAUCCAGAAGACGACAACCAACCGAAGAGUGAACAUCACCGACUGGCCGGAGAAUUACAAAUGUUACUACCCAGAGCACCUGCUGAACAAAAUGGCGGCUGAAUUCAGUCCCGGCCGCAUAGCUUGUGACAUGAAGCUUGUAAUUCUUAUCAGUGUAAUCACUACUGCUUCUGUGGUCAUUGGCAUCAUGGCGAUGUGCUACUGCUUUGAUGUGCCCUGGUACACCAAAGCAACAUUCCAGAUCAUCAGAGCAAAAUAUCGAGCCCACAAAGAGGGACUUAAACCAGAACAAAGAUAUGAUUACCAUGCAUUUAUUUCCUACAGUCACUCGGAUGCUGACUGGGUGAGAAACCAGUUGCUGCCAUGCCUAGAAAGCUCCAGGCCUCCAUACCAUGUUUGCAUCCAUGAGAGGGACUUCACACCAGGAAAGUGGAUCAUUGACAACAUAAUUGAGAACAUUGAGAACAGUCUAAAGGUUAUUGUCGUCCUUUCACAGAAUUUUGUAGACAGUGAAUGGUGCAACUACGAGCUCUACUUUGCCCAACAACGAGCCAUUGGUAAAACCUUCAGUGACGUUAUCCUUGUUGUGAAAGAGCCCAUUAACCCAAACUCUUUGCCAAGCAAGUAUUGCAAACUGAAGAAAAUGCUAAGCACCAAGACUUAUCUAGAAUGGCCUCAACAGCCAAAGCACCAAGGCUUCUUCUGGGCUCAGCUCAAGAGCGUGUUGGGCAAACCCAGUGUCCCACAAACUCCCCAACACCAGCCUGGCAGCGAUCCAGACAUCUCUUCUACUGCGAAUAUGUCUGACACAGAGUGCAGCGAGAGUAUCCAUUACUAGGAAAGGGCAGGUUCAGGUCCACUUAAACUAAAGGCAUGUUGUUUCUGCAGACACAUGGCUUCCCCAUGCAGAAGUGGUUCUAACCAAGGGAAAUAACUUGCUGUGUGGGUAUUGUGUAUUGUGUUGUAUAGUGUGUGUAACACAUCUCAACUUUAGACAAU